AUGUUUCGCAUGGCCAAGACCCUCGAUGUCAUAACACUGUUCCACAAACCGACCCUGCCCGCGAGCGUGCGGGCGGCGACGAUUCUGAAACAGGCCUCCGCGCAAGCCGCCGAGACGGCGACCGAAGACCAGGCGUCGGACCACUCGCACCAGAACACAACGGUGACGCGCGACCCUUUCGAGCUCGAGAUCACCGAGCAGCCCCCCACGCCAGACCAGCUGAAGAGCAUUUUCGAGUACGUCGGCUCAGGCCGCGCCGGGGACCUUGUCAAGGGGGCCGCCAGCGAGAGUGACGCCUUGAGGAAGGUCAAGCAGGACGGUUCCCUCUUCACCCGCCCCGUCAUCGUCGACUGGAGUGGCGGCAAAGCCGUCAUUGGAGACAAAGACAGCGAGAUCUUGAAGUUGUUGAAGGCGCAGCAGAAGUGA